ACACGGUAGGUGAUGCAUCUCCUGCUGAGGACCCUUGUAAACCUCUAAAACUUGUACACUCCGGUUUUGUGAAGGCAAUAUGUGCACAGUAGCCGAUAAAGUUCCUUUCCGAGACCUGUGCAAGCUCUGUGAGAAGAUAUCGAACAAGCAAAACAAGAAUGAGAAACGGAAACUUCUCGUCGACUUCAUCAACCAUUGGCGGGAAUUUCACGAUCAUCUUCACGUAAAUGAUCCAGCUGGUGGCGAAGAAGAUUCGUUCUUUUCGGCUAUGAGGCUUCUCCUGCCUCAUUUGGAUAAAGAAAGGCCCGCUUAUGGCAUCAAAGAGACCACUUUAGCGAGACUCUAUAUUCAAGUACUUGCCCUUGGAAAAGACAGUGCCGACGCGCAGAAGCUACUCAACUACAAAGCGCCUAAGGUCGCCCGUGCGGAAGCAGGUGAUUUUGCGAGCGUCGCGUACGUCGUUCUAAAGAACCGAUGUCCCAUCAAAGGUUCGUUAACGGUCUCGGACGUGAACCGGUACCUCGAUGAAAUUUCCAACGUCAGUUCUGAACGGAACAAGGAAGACGUCGAAAAGAAGCUGUGCUCCCUUCUUCAGCAGACUUCAGCGUCAGAGCAAAGGUGGCUGAUUAGAAUGAUCUUGAAGGACAUGAAAAUGGGUGUGAGUGAACACAGUGUGUUAAAUGCUUAUCAUCCCGACGCGAGAGACUUAUUUGACGUGACGAGCAACCUCGCCAAAGUGUGCCUGCAGUUAAAAGACACCAACUUUCGACUGCACGAGGCAGAAAUUUCGCUGUUUUCUCCAUUCCGCCCCAUGCUGGCAGAGCGAGCCGAGCCCAAAACAGUGGAGAGGCAGAUGAAUCACGAACCGUUCUUUGUUGAGACCAAGUUUGACGGAGAGAGACUCCAGGUGCACAAAGAUGGUGACAUUUUCAAGUACUUCAGUCGCGGAAGCAAAGAUUACAGUUCCAGUUUUGGGGAGAGCAAUGUGGAGGGCUCACUAACGCAGCAUAUCGUGCAGUGCUUUAAAAAUGAUGUUACCAGUUGCAUCCUUGACGGUGAGAUUGUGGCGUACGACCCAGCGGGGAAGGAGUUUGUCUGUAAAGGUGCCAAUAUCGAUGUUAAGAGUCUGCGCACCGGGAGCCGUUGCCAGCCCUGUUUUGUUGCUUUUGAUAUUCUCAUGUUGAAUGGACAUGUGCUUACAAACAAGCCUUUACGUGAGAGGGUGUUGGUGCUGGACUCGUCUGUAAUUGAGAAGGAAGGAAGGCUGAUGGUUUCGAAACGAAAACACGGCACGGGCAAGGAAGAUGCCAUUAAGUUUCUAAAUGAGGCUAUCGACAAUCGUGAGGAAGGAAUUUUGAUCAAAAAUGUCAAUUCUGUGUACAAACCGAACACUCGUAAGGGAGGGUGGCUCAAGUUAAAACCCGAGUACGUCGCAAAUCUCGUGUCCGACCUCGACCUCAUCAUUCUUGGUGGCUACUAUGGGGAAGGUCACCGGAGCGGAGACGUUUCACAUUUUCUUCUGGGUGUAGCCAGUGACCAACGUGACAGAGAAAACAACCCAGUUUCGUUUUGGUCGUUUGCUAAAGUAGGGUCUGGGUACAGCAGGGAGGAAUUAGAUGAGCUGCUGUCCAAGCUCAAGUCCAAGUGGAAGGUGUACAACACGAGAUGUCCGCCAACUUGGAUCGUUCUUGCGCCUGGACACAAGGAACGGCCAGACUUGUAUGUCGAACCACGCGACUCAUUUGUAGUGCAAGUCAAAGCAUCCGAAAUGACAAAAAGCGAUCGUUUUCGAACGGAGGUCACGCUCAGAUUUCCGAGGGUGGUGUCUAUUCGGUACGACAAGCCGUGGUAUGACGUUCUCACAUUCAGAGAAGCGCUCGAGCUCGACAGGAAGGCUGCCGGAAAGUUAGCCGUGAACCCAGUUUUGAAUGACGAUGAUGAAGUCGCGACGAAGAAGCCACGCAUUCAAGAUCAGCUCGUGGAAGUUGCGAGGCAUUUCCGGGCAACCGACACGUCGAGGGUUGCGGUUCAACGUGAUGUUCUCGAAGGAAAAGAAGUCUGCAUUGUGACGGGGUGCCAAGGUCUUUCCAAGCAGGACCUCGAAGUACUGGUUGUACAGAACGGGGGGACUGUUGUGCAGAAUCCUGGACAAGGAACAUUCUGUGUUGUAGCUGGAAAGGACAAUUUCAGGGUAAAGAGCUUGUUGAGGUCAAAACGGUACGACGUUGUGAAGGCGGAGUGUUUCGGUCGUAGGGUAGAGUCCGGAGAUUUUGAGCUGUGGGAGCCAUUCGACCUCUGGGGAAAGAGUGCGGACACCAAAAGACGUCUCGAUGAGGUGUACGACGAGUACGGGGAUAGCUACACCGCAGAAGUGACUUGCAAAAAGUUGCGUUGCAUCUUCGACGGAAUUCCGGAGGACAAACUAAAGGGGGAACAAGUAGAUGCAAACUUUAUGCGCAAGUUCGAAACAGAAGAGUUUGUUCGAGUUCCAUCAUGGGCAGUUUUUAGAAAGUGUGUUUUUUAUUUCGUGGAGAGCGUGAAAGCCUCAGUGCUCCUAAGGAUGGUAAAGCUUUGUGGCGGUAAAGUGGCAGAGAGUGUCAUCGAAGAUGUGACGCACAUCGUAGUCGCAGAGGGCGACACGUGGGAAGCGGGCAAGAAAUACGGAAACAUGGGACAAAACUCGAAGGUUGUCUCGGAGUCGUGGGUUCGAAAAUGUUUUGAGAUGGGCGAAAUCGUUUAAAAGUUCUUUUAAGGCUUUUUAUUACGCAUGUUUGUAUUGCUUUGCAAGCUGCUUUGUAGACAUAAAUCAGCUCCUUAUAAUUUACAUAAAAUAUAUGCUGUAUUAUAAUUUAGUAGUGAUCAUACCAUCAUUCAUGAAAUUGUAGUUGAAAUGAGAACUGUGACACAUUAUGGUAGCUAUGUCUUUGGACAGUGCUGUGCUUUUAAAUCCAGUUCUGAGCAGUAGUUCUCAUCAUGUUUUUAUGGUGAAUGUAUGGUAGCAUUCGAUGAAUUAAAAGGUGCACGUAAUUAUA